AUGAAUCAAAAUUUUGAAGGAUCUUAAACUGAAGUUCUACAUCCUAAAACACAUAUGUAGAUAUAGGCAGUUUAGCAUGAAAAAAUAAUCUAAGGGUUUGAUCAUGAUCCUGAUAAAUUUUUAGGAGAAUUUUAAUUUAACUCACAUUUACUUACAAGACAAUAUCUAGUAGGAGAAGGUACACAUUAAAAUCAAUUUAAUAGGAACACAAUUAAGAUUAUACUUUACAAAAAUUACUCCAUAAAAUAUUUAAAUUAAAGCAUCAUUAGCAAUCAUUCAUGGAUUUGGUGAACAUUCAGGGAGAUUUUUACAUGUAUAUUAUCAAUUUAGAAUAAUAGUUAGCUGAUUUUUAUGCUAAAGCUGGAUUUGAAAUAUUUAUGAUUGAUUUAAGAGGAUUUGGUUAUUCUGGUGGUGCAAGAGGAUGUGCUACAUAAUAAUAAUUACUUUAAGAUGUCAAGGUUUUAAUUUAAUAAGUGAAUCCAUCAUUACCAUUAUUUUUAUAUGGUCAUUCAAUGGGAGGAUUAGUAGUUUUAUCAUUUACAUUAUUAAAUCCAGCUAUUUAAAUUGCUGGUGUUAUAGCUACAAGUCCAUUAUUAGGAUUUCCAUCUGAUCGUAAAUUAGAUUGGUUGAAACUCAAUUUUGUUACUACAGCUGGUAAAAAAUUAGAAGACAUGGUUGUAAAUAGUAUGGUUAAUCCAACUGCUUUAACAAAAAAUAAUAAUCAAUUGAAACAUUCAUUUGGAGAUAGAUUAAUGAUUCCAUUUUGUGGUUUAAAUAUGGCAGCAUCUAUAUUAUCAUAAGUAAAAAUGAUGAAGAGUCAUUCUCAUUUAUUUAAUAAACCAUUAUUAAUUUUACAUGGAAAAUAAGAUGCUGUAACUAAUUAUCAUGAUUCUGUAUAUUUCUUUGAAAAUUGUAAAAGUUAAGAAAAAGCUUUAAAACUAUUUGAAAAUGGAUAUCAUGAAUUAUAACAUGAUGAAGAAUGUGAUGAAUUAAUGACUAUUACAUUGGAUUGGUUAUAGAGACGUUUGGAUAAUGCAAAAAUCCUUGGUAAUGUUCCUACAGUAAUUAAUGUACAUCCAUUAAAGAGAAAAUCAAAUAAUAAAUUGAAAAUCAUUUUAUUAAUAUUGAUAGUAGCCUAUUUUAUUGUUUCAAUAAAGUAUAUUAUUGUAUAUGAUUGUUAGAUAUAAAAAUUUAGCUUAAGGUUCAAAACUCAAGAAACUAAUCAUCCCAUUAUUAUUAUUUAAAAAAUGA